CGAGUGACUCAACAAGCUUUUGCAUCCUCUACCGCGGUCUAAAGGCCAAGCUUUUCGUAAUAUAAAACAAAUGAGCCAAGCUUUUCUUUCCCAACCAACGGCAAUAAUGCCUUUACUCCCCUACCUCAUUCCUCUACUACUUCAAUUCUCUUCCUCUUUUCUCAUCACUUCAGCUUACUUUCCUCCUAAUAAGUAUUUUCUCAACUGCGGAUCGGAAUCCGAUGUCACCUUCGGAGGCACCCGGAAGUUCAUCGGAGACGCCAAGCCCGGUCCUUGGUCGAUCAACCCCGGAAAAAGCAAACCCGUUCGAAACGAAACCAAUAUCCCAAAAUCCAUAAAUGAAAUAUACCACACAGCAAGAGUUUACAAUCAGCCAACAUGGUAUGUUUUUGAAAGCAUCAAUCAAAACAGCACCUAUGUGGUUCGUCUCCAUUUCUUGGCUCUUACAUCUCAAAGCUUCCUUCAAGCUCGCUUUAAUGUCUCGGCCAGUAAUGGGUUUCAGUUGCUAUCAAAAUUUUCAAUCCAAAGCAGCGAUCUUAGCACACCAAUUGUUAAGGAGUUCGCUUUUGAGCUUAAAAAAGGGGUUUUUGGCAUACAAUUUUGUCCUCAUGAAUCGUCUUUGGCUUUUGUGAACGCCAUUGAAGUCUUUGAAGCUCCUGAAGCUUUCAAACCAGAGUCGGGUUUUGCUGUUUCUCCACAACUAAACACAAACGACAACUUUACGUAUAUGAUUACCUCUGAGGCAUUUCAAGCUGUUUACAGGUGUAUAUAUAUAUAUAUGCUCGACAGGUACUGCAAUGAAAACGAAGAGAUGAUCUUAGUAUACGAGUACAUGGCAGGGGGCACUUUAAAAGAUUAUUUAUACGGUUCAAAGAUCCACGAUCAUCUUCCAUUGUCAUGGAAACAAAGGCUUCAAAUCUGCAUCGAUGCAGCAAAAGGGCUUGAUUAUUUACACAUUGGUUCCACCUUUGGUGUCAUUAUUCACCGAGACAUUAAAACCACCAACAUCUUGCUCGACAAAGACAACAACGCAAAGGUAGCCGAUUUCGGGAUAUCAAAAGCUGGAGUACCCGACGCCAAAGCAUUAGACGCCACGGUUAAAGGCACUUUCGGGUAUCUCGAUCCCGAAUACCUCAACACGUUUCAAUUAACAGAGAAAUCUGACGUGUACUCGUUCGGUGUCGUGCUUUUUGAAGUUCUCUCCGCUAGACCUCCAAUCGUCAAGACCCUUCCAAGUGAACAGAUAAACUUAGCCGAUUGGGCAAUUUUGUGCAAAAAAAGAGGAGAGAUUGAAAAGGUAAUUGAUCCGUUUCUUGUAGGUACCAUUGAAGCAAACUCAUUGAGAAAAUUUGUUGAAAUUGCUGAGAAAUGUGUGGAUGAAGUUGGGGCAAAUAGGCCUUCAAUGCACGACGUGGUGUAUGAUUUGGAAUUGGCGUUGCAGUUUCAGUUCACGCCUGUAGACGGUGGGAAAGGGUAUGAGGGAAGCACUACCAUUGUUGAUGCUUCAUGGGAUAUUGAUUCAGGGAUUCUUGACCGCAUUCGUUCGAGAGGGCUUGAUGAUUCGGUCGUAUAUGAGGAUAGCACGACUAUAAAUGCGAGAGAAUUGGUUGAAGAGUUCAAGAUUGAUUGUGCUCGAUGAUUGUUUACUUCUCAUGGAUGGAUAUUGAUAUAUAAUAGUUUGGGUUGUUGUGUGAAUUCAAUGCAGUUUAGACGGUACGAACCAAUGUAAGGGAAUAGACCCACCAUCCUUGGAUCAAUGUUAUGAUAACAAAAACUUUAUUGGGUGUCUAAAUUUGCCUAAUGUUGCCCUCAAUGAGCUAAUUUAAGCUUAAAUAGAAAGGAAUGAGGCAAUGUUCGUGUAAA